AUGCAACAACAACCCACAACCACACGAAUCAAGUUUAUUUUUUAUUUUUAUUUGACUGUUUUCCACUUAUCUUAUUUUUUGUUUUUUAAUAAAAUUAUAUUUUAUUUUGUAAUUUUAAUUUUUUUAAAGGAGCUGAAGGAAAGUUUCAACUAUGGACUGUUUUAUCCGCCGUCAAACGGCCGGGCCGGCAAAUUUAUCGACGAAGAACGCCCCCUGUCGGAUUAUCCUUUUAACGGACCUGGCGGCUACCUUGAGUUGAAGUACAAGAGGCGUGUGUACAAGAUGCUGCAUCUGGACGAGAAGCAACUGCGUUCGCUGCACACACGCGUCAACUUGCGUCGCUUCUUCGAUGCUUCGACUACGAUGACCAGCGGCCAAACGGAGAAGAUUACCAAAAUGUGUGCCAAAGGGCUGGAUCCCAACAUUCACUGUCAGGAGACGAGCGAGACCCCACUGACGUUGGCUGCAGUUUCAUCUCGCCCCGGGCCACUACUUCUGGCCCUGGUUGGUGGCGGUGCAUUGAUCGAUUACCGAACGAGAUGCGGAUCGACCGCCUUGCACAGGGCCUCUGAGAAGAGCAGCAUAGAAGCUGUGAGAACUCUUCUGGACCUGGGGGCCUCCCCUAAUGUUUGUGAUGCCAAAGGUCUGACUCCUCUGUGGACCGCAGUGUCAGCCAAAGCCUCUCCAAUGUUAUGCCAGGCACUCCUUCAUGAUUACUCCAUCCACGGUGUGCAAGAUGCUCAGGGAUGGCAUGAAGUCCACCAGGCCUGCCGUAAUGGACUCGUCCAGCAUUUGGAGAACCUGCUGUUUUACGGAGCCGACAUGAACGCCAAGAAUGCGUCGGGCAACACGCCCCUCCACGUCUGUGCUGUGGACAAUCAGGAAGCGUGCGCACGACUGCUGCUCUUCCGGGGGGCCGAUCGCGAAGCCCUUAACUACGCCAAUCAGACACCCUACCAGGUGGCGGUAAUUGCCGGCAACCUGGAGUUAGCCGCUCUUAUCCAUCGGUUUAGAGGCGAGGAUGUCGUGGCAUUCAAGGAAACUCCAUCGUUCAAUCCCCGUCGGCGAAAGUCUGGCGUACUACUGUCGAUGAGGCAUUCGAUGUCGUCGAAUGCCAUGAUGCUGGACGCGUCUUCCAUCGCUUCGUCGUCGACGACCGGAUCGAGCAGCACGCCCAGCCCGACGUUGGUGUACAGCUCGCUGACUAGCAGGUCGAUGAAUCGCCGCCAGCAGCAGCAGCCCUCUCCGUCGCCUUCCAGCACUGACCGCUGGCUGAAAUCGAAUCCCAUGUGCAUGAGCACCGUGUCUGUGCGCAGCGAUACGGGCAGCUCCUCUUCUUGUACGGCUGAAAGCGAAGAUAAUGGAAGCAGUUUGACUGACAAAAUCAGCGUGGACCAAUGCGACAUUGUCAGUGAUAGCUCGGGCGUUGGCACGUCCAACAGUGGAAGCGGCGGAAGCUACGAUGCAAAUACCCCGUCUGAGCACUCGCUGGUCCUACCAGGCAUGACAGUCGUCUGCACGGAGGCGUACAGUUGCAAGGAAGCCAACCAUCUCAACUUGCAACCGGGGGAUAUUAUUGAAGUGACGGGAUCAACAGACUGUGGGCUGUUGGAGGGCUGGUUAAGGGGAGACAGUGGCUAUUUUCCUCCCAGUUGCGUGCAAGAAGUCAGGUUGCGCAAUCCGGCCGCUAUCGCAGCGGCUCGACAUCAUCCCAGCCCGGCUGUCAUCUCCAAAGCUACGGGUGUGCCAAAUAUGGGCAUGACCCUGCCUGUGCCGGUUCCCGUUUUGCAACUGGGAAAGACCAUGGAAGCCAGAGUUGCCGGUCGCCGAGAAAUGACUGCACAAAAUUACGGAACGACUCCACGGAUGAAGUCUCUGUACAGCGAAACGCGGACUGUCAUCCUGCUUAAGGGCCAGAGAGGAUUUGGUUUCGUGCUGCGCGGUGCAAAGACAAUGACGGGCAUGAAGGAUUUCAACCCUAUUCAGAAUCGAGUUCCGGCUUUACAGUAUUUGGAUAGUGUCGAAGCUGGCAGUGUAGCCGACCGAGCCGGACUUCAGCCUGGCGAUUUCAUUCUGGCUAUCAAUGGAGAAGAUCUGGCCAAGGCUUCGCACGAGACUGUGGUCGAUUGUAUCCGUCGUUCGGGUAAUUUGGUUCAGCUGACUAUCUGCUCCGCCACCGUCCAACCUGUCAACCAAUCAGUCAGCCAAUCAGUCAGCGAAUAUGCUUUAACAGUCCCCAACAGUAGUCGACAGUAUUCAACACUUCCUCGAAAGUUACCCGGGCGGCCCCCACAACCACCGAAACGAGAUCCCCGGACGACGCUAAGUGUCAGUCGCGCCCGUGCUCGCUCGAUGGUUGUAGCACUCAACGAUAUGGAAUCUUCUCGAUCGAGUACGGAGACGGCGGAAGAUAUCUAUUCCAAUUCGUCUUCGUCAAGGACAGCUUCGAUUCGCUCGCGUUCAGGAUCUGGGCGUGUUUCAACCACCGAUCUGGAAAGAUUAUCUAUCCCGACUGCUGUCAGCCCUCCAGCGCCACCAGCGGAGAACAACCGGUCACCCCGUGUUUACGCCAGUGUGGCUGAAAUGAAGCGCAUGAGAAAGCAGAAGACGUCGGCAGAGCUGUUGAAACUACACAAGGAAUUCCACAGCACACUGGAAUUGUGUUGGGAACAGCAGCAAAAUGACAAGGUGAUGACUUCUUCUUGGACAGCAGAAGUCGAAAUUCCACCGGAUGUUCCAUCGGCGAAAGAUUGGCGAAAGAGUCAGAGCCAGGAGAACGUCUACGGCAUGGAGCUGCAGGCUCACAAUCAACGCAAUUCGCGUCGCUCCUGGGCUCCUGGAAAUGCUGCCUCCAAACCGGGAGGGCCACGCCAUUCCGGCGUCCGUUAUCACGGCUCUUGGCAGAACAUUGAGGAUUCCUACCAGCAGUCAAAAGACGACGACGAUGGAGAUGAGACGAAAGAAGAGGAGGAGGAUGGCGAUGACGACGGAGAAGACGCAACUACUCCGAUCGCCGAUCAGUUGAAUUUGUUGGGGAAUCGCGACUACCGCGCCGUUAAGCCGUGCCGUCCGAUUUACUCGACCGGCAAUUGCAAUACUCUUCCAAAAAUAGCAGGCAGUCCGCAUUGUACGGCUCCUCCGCCAAAUCAUCCGCCGCCACCUCCACCUCCGCCGUCUCAGGUUGUCCGAGUUGACGUUACCAAAGCUCACAGCGAAUAUGCCGCCGUCGCUGCGGCCGGUGGCGACCGUCCUAAGACUCCAGUCAUGUCCAGCUUCCGACCCAGUGACAAUGCCAAGCUCUACGCCCUGCCGGAAGAUAUGAAAAACGUCGGCUACAUGACACUCCGCCCGACCGCAUCCAAGAAAAUGACGAACGUCCAGUCUUCCAUGACUGGAUCACCUCCAUCUUCGGCAGCUUCACGAUCCAAGAGUUUACCGCCACGCAGUUCCCGUCCCAAUGUCCAGGUCAAAUCGGCGAAAAACGAAGAGCCGCGCGUCAGCGUGACUGUCAAUUCUACUCCGCUGAUACCCGAUCCGGACUAUGACAGCGAAGAAGAAGCUGCCCAGAAUGGUCUGGCAGCAGGCAAAGCAUCGCGGAUGAUGGUUGCCCACAGCACGGCGGCCGACAACGAACCUCGUCGUACGAAGCUCCUGAUUGAAAUCAAACCGCAAUCUCAGCCGAUUGAAAUCAAACAAACGAAUCCGCCCAGGCAGCCACAACGGGUCGAAGUCGAAGGGCGAAAGUCGGAAGGCAAUCGAGCAAGUUUGCCCAAGUCGCAGAGCUUUUGCGCCGACAUUCUUAAGGCCAAGUCUUUGUUGAAGAACUCUAAAUCGUUUCCUGAAGAGCUCAGCGAUCAACUUGUCCAAGAUUCCUAUUGCGAAGACGCCUACGUCACUUUCGAGCCGGUCAACGGCAGCAGCAGCCAGUCGGAGGAGUCGCAAUACGGACACACUAAAAACGGCCGCCGAACCGGAACGCUGACUCGCCACGCCGUUUCAUUAAUUCAACUGCCGACGCCGGUCGAAAACGGAGAGCCGGACAUGGAAGACAGAUUGCAGUCUCAACAGUCUGAUAUGGCCGUCGAACAGGAUUCGGUCAGCACCAUAUCGACGUUGAGUUCGCUUUCGACCAGCACCAACUCUUCGGAGCGGGACGACGCUACGAUCCUGGAGAACCACAAACCGGUCAAGAAGAUCAACGGUCAUUGGCGGGAGGCGGGGGCGCCGUCGUCGUCUGAACACCAAACGACGUCCGACGGGCGCAAAGCGGACAAGAAAAAUUCAAUGAUCCACACGUCCAAGAAAUGGAUGAGAAAAGCUUUUGCUAUCCAGUCAGUAGCCAAGGCUCAGAAACGUUUUCAC